GAUAUUAUGAGAUGUAUGCUAAUGGCUAAUGGACUAUGAUAGGGGUUUAGAAGUGAUUUAAACCACACUGUGACGAUUAUCAUCAACCAUGUUACGCUCCAUUUAUACAGUGAUGUUGUGUAGUAUAGAUUAUCAAUAUUUACAAGUUGCAGAAGCAUUUUCUGGCAUUUUUGUAAGCUGACAUCAUUUCGGCCAAAGCCAUCGCGGAACUAGAAACCCUAUCCGACAGAAUGAAAGGUAUAUCACCAACCUUCAGUCGAAACCAAGAUUUUACAGGAAAACCAUUUUGUAAUUCAAUCUUCUAAUAUUUCAGGUUUGGACAAACGUAGGCUCCAUUGCACAUUGACAAUGAAUGCAACUUCAAGAAUGGCAACUACUAUCGGAUUGAACGAGUCUUACACGACAGACACCGUAGCCAACCAUUCCUGCACUUUCGUUUUCCUUGAAGACGAAUGCGACCUGACCAUUCUUCUUUCCACCAUCAUGUUUUUCGUCACGUUGUUCAACAUCAUUUUCGGGGUCAUCGCCAACGUCCUCGUAAUCGGUAUCAUUCUUGCGACUAAAGAAAUGUGGACGAUUCCGAGCAUGUACCUUGCGAAUCUUGCAGUCACCGAUCUGAUGGUGCUACUGUUUGUAGCAGGGCUUAAUUGCUACGAGUAUUAUAUCGGGGCUUUCCAACCAACGGAAUACCACAUCCCGCAAGCUUUCGUAUAUUACAUGGAAUUGGUGACUGCCGCUGCAACCGUUGUGAUGAUGAUCGCACUUACCAUUGACAGAUUCUUUGCUAUUGUCUAUCCUUUACGAUCAAAGAAGUUUCGGACCAAGAAAACUGCUAUCGUAGUUUGCGUUGUUGUCUGGAUUUUUUCGUUCUUCUUUGGAGGGUUAUACUUUGGUGUUCCAUUUGGAGGUAACAUGCUUGAAGCGUGGAUGGAACCAAGAACAAGAUAUUUGAUCCCAUUUGGCUCUAUAUUCAUGUACGUCAUCCCCCUACUCAUCAUCUUUGGUUGCUACACGGGAAUAAUGUACACAAUUUGGAAAGAAAGGGUUGCAAACGAACGCGUAUCUGACGCGACGCGCAAGAUACGCUCUAGACAAAAGCACGCCGUGCUACGCGCAUCCGUGUUUGUUGUUUCCCUGUUCGCGAUCAUCCAGGGAUUCUACAUCGCUUCCUUGUUGUGGAUCGCUUUCGGAGGGUCUCGUCUCGUGGAGCCAUCCGUCGUCAUCAUCGAGUUCCACGUCGCACAAGGCCUGUAUCAUCUAAACAGUCUCAUCAAUCCGUUCCUGUACGCUCUCUCGCACGAGAAGUUUUAUCAAUCUAUCUGGCGUGUUCUUUCCUGUGCACCUUCCCGCAGCAAGUGGAAGAAAUCUAUGGAAAUUCACCAAGUUCAAACCAGGAAAACAAACCAUGCAAACGGUGCAGGAAGCCCAUCUACAGUUUCUGACGUCAUUUUAACAGAAGAAUGGAAGUCGCAAGGGGUCUAUAAUCUUGCUUAUGACGUCACCAGGGCAGAAAUCUCCACUAGAUUGUAACGGAACUUAUCUUUGGACUAUAAUUAGGCUAGAUUAACGGUAUAAAUAACAGAAGUGGCGAAUUGAAGAUUUCAAAGUCAUUAGCUUACUGUAGAUAUGAUGCGUUUAAGCAUUCGGUUUGAUAUAGACCGACAAGUUUGUUUUAUUCUUUAUCAUGGUUGUUCUAUCUUAUACUGUAUAUAUAUAUAUAUAUAUAUAUAUAUAUAUAUAUAUAUAUAUAUAUAUAUAUAUAUAUAUAUAUAUUUAGGUAAUUGGAAUCUACAAAUAGAUGAGUUUUCUAGAACACUUCCAUUAUAGGCCUCCACGCCCAUAUCUAGAAUAUAGGCAAUGUGUAUUCAGGAAUCGUAGGUAUAUACCUCAGCGGGUUUUUAAUGCAAUUCUGGAGCAAGAUCUAUAUAUGGGUGUUUUUUAAAAGGUAACCGAAAUUCAAAGGUCAGCUUUAUCAAGGCAACAUCAUAUAUUCUUGUGAUUUUUAUUUUUCAUGACUGAGUAACUCAUCAAUUUUAUUUGACUACUUGCUUGUGUAAUAGUUGUCACGGAUCACAGAGUUAUGGUCCAUCAAAGGUAAAGGGUACAAAACCUUUUUCCAAGUUUUGGGUUUUAAUGUAAAUGCACGAAACCA